AUGGUGACGUACGGCGACGGCGACGGCGACGGCGACGGCGACGGCGACGGUGGCGCGGAAACCACAAGUCCGAAAGCCCUCCAAAGGGAGUCUGCAAAGUGGUCAGGCCAACCACAAUCGUACAAGUUGCUCCUUCAACCAACAAGUCAUCACUGCCUCUCUCUCACGCGCCGUCGGCAUCAGUCAACAGAACAGAUGCACAGUCGACGCCAGAUCGCGUUCACUCGCAAGCUUGCCGAAGAUGAGCGAAAGGAAGAGGAAUUCUGA